CAUAAACAAACCGGUCUGACUAUCAAUCAGUCUACACUACACUCUACUACUUAUUACAAUUUUAAAAUUCGAGAUUCUACAUCCAUAUAAAUGAGUACUUGUGUAGUAAAAUCAAACAAUAUGAUAGAAUGGAUGUCGUCAUUAUCGGAGUUUUCUAAGAUCCUAGAUAUUCCUCUUACACAGUUAGCAAUUCCAGGUUCCCAUAAUUCCGGCACAUUCACCUUAGAUGCUGGAGAAAGAAUAGCCCCUGGUGCUCUACCUUUUGUUGAAACUUUAGCUAGCAACCCCACCAUUGGACCUAUGGCUAAAGCUAUUAUUCGUGGGUGGGCAGUGUGUCAGACAUUGAACUUCAGACAGCAACUAGAGGCUGGGGUUAGAUAUUUUGAUCUGCGUGUUGCAAGAAAACCUGGAACAGAGGAUCUGUAUCUGGCCCAUCAGCUGUAUGGGCCAAAGGUUACAGACGUAAUAGAAACAUUAUGUCAAUUUUUAAAAGAACAUCCACAUGAAAUAAUUCUACUUGAUUUCAAUCAUUUCUAUGGGAUGGAUCUGGAACAUCAUAUACAGCUAGUCACCUACCUUAUAUCACAGUUUGAUUCACUUAUAUGUCAUAGAUGUGAUACAAAAAACAUUACUCUUCAGAGGAUGUGGGAGGAAAAAAAACAAGUUGUGAUUUUUUAUCAGCAUGGAUCAGUUGAAGAUUUUGAGGAGAUUUUCACAUCAGAAAGUAUCAGUUCUCCAUGGCCAAACACAGCAGACUCAACUCAGUGUCUUCAAGUGUUAGAAACCAUUCAUUCAAGAGCUCAGGAUGAGAAAUUUCUUGUUUGUCAAGGAGUUCUUACCCCAACUGAUGGAACAAUUAUAGCUGGCAUGCUCUGCAACUUAAAAAUAUGGAGCUCAUCUUGGACACCAUUAUUUAACUCAUGGAUUCAAACUUCUAAGACAAACAGCCGAUUGAACAUAGUCUUGGCUGAUUUCAUUGAGAGUGAUAAUUUGAUACAAUCAAUUAUUAAUCUAAAUUUUACAAGGUUUGACCUAAAGUCAUAGCUAUUUAUAUUAUAUAUUACAUAUAGAUCUAUAUGGUCUUAUACAAAUAUACACAAACAAUUUCAUGGCCCUGUUCUUUUGCUGUAUCUGUAUGGCUGAAAAAAGCCAGUUUCAUAAAGCAUAUAUACAGCAAUAUCUUUUAUCAUUAGAAGAAAAAUAUCAUUGACAAGGAUCAGUUUGGUGUUUUUACCAAAGCAUCAAUAUAACUUGUGUGUCAAUAUAUCCAAAAAUAUUUCUCAGUGCAGAUUGUAAUAUUUAUUAAAAAUGAAAUUUGAUGUUCAUGUUUUUGGU